UGAAUGUCACAGUGGUUAUGGGAGACAGACUGGAGAUUGCAAUCACACAGACCCAGGGUCAGGCAUGGCAAGGACAAGCUGAACUGUAGGUUACCUGCUAGCAUCAAAUGCAGACAGCCACUAGUAGCAAGCUAAAGCAUAUAUUUGUCAUCUCAUGCGUUGGUGGAGGACGAGCCAGAGGCAAAAGAGCGCAGACUGCAGCAGAACACAGGGUCAGUAGAGUUUUCCUCCUCAUACUGAAACAGCUGAGAAAGCAGAGACAGUUUCCCGCUGAGGAGGAGAGAGAUGUUAUUCAUGGAGGAUCUACUGAGGAGUACCUGACCCACAAGCUGCCAAGUGUGUAGGUUUGCAUCAAGCUCUGAGAAGCAGUUGUGUGGACUCCUACACGCACCCAUCCCUCCUUCGGGACCGGCCCACCCCCUCCCUACCUGCCCCUCAUCUUCAUUUAAAGAUAUGAUGCCCGGCUCUGCGGCCCUGUGCUGAGGAGGCGUCGGCGGGCAGCAGUAUGGGCGCUGUGCUGGCCGGCAUCCCCACCACCACCCCCACCACCACCGAUCUGCCACCACCCCGCUGCCCCGCCGAGACGGGCGCUCCCCCCAGCCCCGCUGAUGGGCGAAGACACUGACGCCCCCCGACGCUCAACCACCGCGGUUUCCUCCCCGACCACAAUUAUGUGACUGAAGGGCUGCUCCUGGCUAUAGCCUGAAGAGCUCGGCCCAUCCUGUCCACCCCUCUCCACCCUGGAGUCCUCCCCCAGGAUGUUGAGUCCCAUCCAGGUCCUGUGCUCCGACAUCACUACCCUUUCUCUGGAGCCCGAACCGUUUGCCUCUUACACUGAAGCUGAUAUCAUCUCCACUGUAGAGUUCAACCACACAGGAGAGCUCCUGGCCACAGGGGACAAAGGGGGCCGAGUGGUCAUCUUUCAGAGGGAACCUGAGAGCAAGACUGAGCCAUUCUCACAGGGAGAGUACAAUGUCUACAGCACCUUUCAGAGCCAUGAGCCCGAGUUUGACUACCUUAAGAGUCUGGAGAUCGAGGAGAAGAUCAAUAAGAUCCGAUGGCUGCCUCAGCAGAACGCCGCACACUUCCUCCUCUCCACCAAUGAUAAGACCAUUAAGUUGUGGAAGGUGAGUGAAAGAGACAAACGGCCAGAGGGAUACAACCUGAAGGAUGAGGAGGGUCGCAUCAAGGACAUGUCCACCGUCACCUCCCUACAGGUGCCGGUGUUGAGGCCGAUGGACCUGAUGGUGGAGGUGAGCCCACGGCGAGUGUUUGCCAACGCCCACACCUACCACGUCAACUCCAUCUCCGUCAACUCUGACUACGAGACCUACAUGUCAGCUGAUGACCUGAGGAUCAACCUCUGGCAUCUGGACAUCACCGACCGCAGCUUCAACAUUGUGGACAUCAAGCCAGCCAACAUGGAGGAUCUGACAGAGGUGAUCACAGCGGCUGAGUUUCACCCCCACCAUUGUAACUUGUUUGUCUAUAGCAGCAGCAAAGGCACCCUGCGCCUCUGUGACAUGAGAGAAGCAGCGCUGUGCGACAAACACUCCAAAUUGUUCGAGGAGCCCGAGGACCCCAGCGCCCGCUCCUUCUUCUCUGAGAUCAUCUCUUCGGUGUCGGACGUCAAGUUCAGCCACAGCGGCCGCUACCUGCUUACCAGAGACUACCUGACUGCCAAAGUCUGGGACCUCAACAUGGAGAGCAAGCCCCUGGAGACGUACCAGGUUCAUGAUUACCUCCGCAGCAAGUUGUGCUCCCUUUACGAAAACGACUGCAUCUUCGACAAGUUUGAGUGUGCCUGGAACGGCUCGGACAGUGUGAUCAUGACCGGAGCCUACAACAACUUUUUCCGCAUGUUCGACCGGAACACCAAACGCGACGUGACCCUGGAGGCGUCAAGAGAGAGCAGCAAACCCCGCGCUGUCCUGAAGCCGCGGAGGGUCUGUGCCGCCGGAGGAAAGCGCCGGAAGGACGACAUCAGCGUGGACAGCCUGGACUUCACCAAGAAGAUCCUCCAUACAGCCUGGCACCCGACUGAAAACAUCAUCGCCAUCGCCGCCACCAACAAUCUGUACAUCUUCCAGGACAAACUCAACUCUGAGAUGCAUUAAUGAACAGAUGUCAGCGGUGGACUCAAAUGAGUUUACACCUGAACACACAGCUAUGCCAGAAUGUACACAUUUAUGGACAUAACGCGCACAGGAAUAUGCCUAACACACCUCCCCGCACACACACACACACGUCAGAAAACAUACACACAUCUAGGUCUACUCUUUGACACACUCCCCUCACCUCCUCUUCAGCCUCCCAGAACUGAAAGGACCUAGAAAGGGCUAGAAAGGAACAGGCUGGAUUACGAAAUGGAUUAUGGAUUGCAAAAUUGUCUGAACUGUGGAUCUCUUGUUGAUUGUUAACCUCUGGAUUGUGCUGGUUGGUGAGUUGAUUGCUAUCAGCUUCUGAGGGGGGAUAACCCAACCCACCCUCAGACUGAAGAGAUGUUUACAUGUUUGUCUUUUUUGGUUCUUCAGGCUCUUUUGCUUUUUCCUCCUCCUCCUCUUCUCCUUUCUGUAUUUGUGUGCUCGAGCAAAGCCUAUUCUUAUCCCUUGCCUUCUGUUUGGUGUAACAAAAACCCUUCAUGGUUGUUUACUAGUGGCACUGAUGAAAAAUUGGGGCAUUUCUGUAAUUGGCUGCUUGUUUGAUUUCAGAUCAGCUACCCCACUUCCGUUUUUGUAACUUCUUGUUAAAUGAUUUUAAUGAUGGUAAUUAUGAUGACAGUGACAAUUUAAAAUGAUGUGUGAUGUGCAAGGAUGAACUCGGGACCCUCCCCUUAAGUGCACCCAGACGCCUCUGAGCUCAACUGGACUGUGUUCAGUGAGGUAAAACAUUUACAGUCCUGCAGAUAGAAGCAGAAGUUAAUAGGUUAUUACACCGUGGCCUAAAAUGAGGACACACUCUCAUAUGUGCUCCACACACUGUGUUUUAGUCAUUAAUGUUUUCUCUGCUGGAACAGGCCCUUCAACUUCUCAUAUUGUGGAUUCUGCUUCUGGUCUUGGGGCUGCGUCGUGUGCUACUUCGCCGUUCAAAACAAGUCAAAUCAACCAAAAAGAAAAAAAAGGAACUACAUAAUUUCAACAAUCAAGCAAAAAGAUGCUGCAUGUCAAACCAAUUUAGCCUAGGUGUUUAUAAAUUGACUGACUUGGCUGCCUUCUUAACCAUUUAGACCCAGCUGUACAAAGGCUUCAGGGGCCCCCGGGGGCCCUAUGCAGCACGAGUAACCAUAGAAGACCGAGCUCUCCUACCUUUAUUUGUGUCUUUGGACACUGAAGCAUGUUUACCAGUGUUCGGUUCAUACACUUACAUGUACAUUUUGAAUGAAGCCGUCCAAGAAUCAGUUUCUACUCAACUGAAACUGAGAACCAAGAAGUAUGGGGAAUGUUUCCAUUAAUGUUGUUCUCUAAAAGAAAAAAGGAAAAAAAAAUCAAAGGGCCUAAAUGGUGUCUGUAUAUAUCAAUUCUGUUGACAUGUAUGAGUUUGUUUUUUUUUAUCAUUCAUAAACGGACACGAUCUUCUGUAUUGAUGAUUGCUUCCAAAGCUACAUCAGAGAGAUGGUACUUCAAUCUCUUCAGCCUUCCUCACCGAUUUAUUUUUCUGAAGCAUUUAUUUUUAGAAAACACUUUUUGUUUUUUGUGGAAACAUCUGUCAAUUCUACUCCACGUCCCGACCAAACUAAUGUUGAUUCACAUAUUUUUGUGUUAAUGUAUGUUGAUGACAAAAUUGUAAAAUGGACAGUUAUAAAUAAUGUUAAUAUGUUUUUUUUUCUGAAUAAAGAUUUCAACGAAAUUGCA